AUGAUAAAAGAAAGUGUGGUUUAUCUAUGCAUAUGCUGUGAUUCAGCGAAAUCGUCGGCUGUGUCUGUCGAGGCUUGCCCAGGAACUGAAACAGAGUGGAAUAACGCUGCACAGAAAAAGAAUUGUUCAUCAAUUCCACAGAACUGCAGCUCAAUACCUUUGGUUUACCAUUGUGUUCCUAAUCACUUCUUAAAUGCCACUUAUGAAGUCUGUGCUGCCGCCAAGUUCAUUUUCAACGGAAGGUGCACGGAGUAUAAUGUAGGAGGUGGGGUUGUACAAGGAAAUUUCCUGACAAAUUGCAGAGAUUUCAAUGAAAGUGCAUGCCCAUCAAGAUACAAAUCAACGGAAACAUUCCAAUACCAAGGGUGCUACCAGCUUGUUGUAAGAACUUUAGAUCAGAGCACGACACAAAGGUUCAGUUUAUUUUUUGAAAAAAAUUACAGUUCUUUACCAUCUACAUCGACACUACCACCUUCAACAGAUGUAAAUUACAAGGAUGAAAUCGAUGUAACUUGGAUUGCAGUACCUGUGACUAUUACAGUUGUAAUCCUGGCUGUGUUGGCCACGUCGCUUAUUGCCAUUUUUGUCAAACGUCGACGUCGGAAACAAAAUCAAGAAAACGAAACCCCAGAUUCCAUUCCUAUGAAGGACUACCAAAAUGAGUGAAAGAGUUGUUAAAAGGUUUUUGUGUAGAUUCACUAUAAAAAAUUUGGUGAUUUGCUUAAAUUUGUGAUGAGAUUUUAUAUAACAAGGUUUCAUUUUGAACUGAUUACGCAAGUACUUUGUAAUGUGGAGAAUGGGAUUCUCAAGAUUACUGCAUCGGCUAACAGGAAUGAUGAAGAAGGUGACAUCAUUUUCUUGUAGGUAGCA